UCCUCAAUAAUCCGAGAGACUAUCACCACCAAUCCACCAUGUAUCACCAAAACAAAUAUGCUCUCUUGACUCGCUCUUUCUUCUUCCUCGCUGAUAUUUUCUCGCUUUUGAAUUUUCUCGGUAACCAAACGGAAACCGAAAACGCAAACUGCCAUGGCCAACUCUGAACCGGAUGAAGAGAAGGUGUGGGGGGAAGUUCUGAGGAAGAUGUUGCCGGCUGGCGCUCCGUUGCCGGAUGAGGAGCAGCUUGAUUACUCGAUCGCAGUCGAGUAUGAUGGUCCGCCACUAACGUACGAUGUACCGCGGGUUGAUCCAGUUGACAUUGACUCGCUCUCGAUUACAACCACUGUCUCCGAUUCCGAAUUAUCGUCCGUCCAGGUGGUAGCGCCGAUCGAGAGAAAGGCUCGUUCUCCGCUUAAUAGGAUCAGAAACGUCCACGUUUUUAAGGAAUCAAGAGCCAGUCAAGUUGAGAGCGAAAGACUGUCGUCGGAUUCGGGAGCUCAGAUUAACGGGGGAAGAGGAAGCUUGGAGAAAGAAUCAGAAAAUGGAACACAAAAUUGUGUUGACGAGUCGUUCAGUUUGAGGUCCAAUUCCGUGCAACAACCACGGUUUGCGGCCGUGCUGUCUUUUAAUACUGCGAGACAUUCUGAGGCGGAAGAGGACGGGUACUCCUCGCAGCAAUCCUGCGCUGAGGAUGCAGCAGAAUCGUCGGAUUUUGCAGUAGCGGGAAAGAAGCGUCAGGAAAAGAAAAGAGGUGUUUGUAGUAGGUGUGGGAAAGGGAACAGGUUAAAGGAAAAAGAGGUGUGCUUGGUGUGUGAUUCGAGGUAUUGCAGCAAUUGCAUGCUAAAAGCAAUGGGUUCAAUGCCUGAGGGGAGGAAGUGCGUGAGCUGCAUUGGACAGCCUAUAGAUGAGUCAAAGAGGUCAAGCUUGGGGAAGUGCUCAAGGAUUUUGUCAAGGGUGUGUAGCCCUUUAGAGGUGAAGCAGAUAAUGAAGGCAGAGAAAGAGUCUGCUGCUAAUCAGUUGGGACCUGAACAGGUUAUUGUGAAUGGGAAACAGUUGAGGCAAGAAGAAUUAGCCGAGAUUUUAGGGUGUUCCCUUCCUCCUCAGAAGUUGAAGCCAGGACAGUAUUGGUAUGAUAAGGACUCUGGGCUUUGGGGAAAGGUCGGAGAAAAGCCUGAUAGGAUAAUUAGCUCAAAAUUAAACGUUGGUGGCAAGAUUAGGGCAGACGCUAGCAAUGGAAAUACAAAUGUUUACAUCAAUGGCCGUGAAAUCACCAAGGUUGAGCUUAGAGUGUUGAAGCUAGCCAAUGUCCAGUGCCCUCGAGAUACUCAUUUUUGGGUGUAUGAUGAUGGUUCUUACGAGGAAGAAGGACAGAAUAACAUUAAGGGGAACAUAUGGGGAAAGGCAUCUACUCGUUUCAUUUGUUCACUGCUGUCAUUACCUGUACCUCCUGGAAAUCGCAAUGGAUCAAAAGAUGAUCAAACUACCUUUUCGGGUAGGUUUGUGCCUGAGUAUUUGGAGCAGGGAUUUCAGAGGCUUCUAUUAUUUGGAUCAGAAGGAGCUGGAACCAGCACUAUUUUCAAGCAGGCUAAAUUUAUGUAUGGGAAUGGGUUCAAUUCAGAAGAGCUAGAGAACAUCAAGCUCAUGAUUCAAAGUAAUGUAUACAAAUAUCUUAGUAUAUUACUUGAGGGGAGAGAGAGGUUUGAAGAAGAAGCUUUAAUGGAGAAGAAAGCCAAUACUUCGGAAGCUGAAGUAUCUGACCAAGGUGAAACAGGAGUUGAUGAGAGUAAACAAUGCAUCUAUUUGAUCAACCAAAGGUUGCACCAUUUUUCUGACUGGUUACUGGAUAUCAUGGCUAAGGGAGAGUUAGAUGCAUACUUUCCUGCAGCAGCACGAGAAUAUGCUCCUAUUAUAGAUGAAAUAUGGAAGGAUCUUGCCAUUCAGGAAACAUACAAGAGAAGGGAGGAAUUGCAACAUCUUCCUGAUGUUGCCAAAUAUUUCUUAGAUCGGGCUGUUGAAAUAUCAUGCAAUGAGUAUGAACCUACAGAGAAGGACGUCGUAUAUGCUGAGGGAAUCGCUCAGAGCAAUGGUCUGGCAUUUAUCGAAUUUUCAUUCGAGGAUAAAAAUUCCACGUUUGAGACGUAUCAACUGAUUUUCAUCAAUUCCAAGGGACUCUAUGAUGGUUGCAAAUGGCUAGAAAUGUUUGAAGAUGUGAGGGCGGUAAUAUUCUGUGUUGCUUUGAGCGACUAUGACCAGAUGUGGGACUGUGGUGAUGGUGCCCCUCAAAAUAAAAUGCUGGCCAGCAGAGAUAUGUUCGAGAGUUUGGUGAGGCACUCUUCCUUUAGGGAUGCCCCAUUUAUUCUUUUGCUGAACAAGUACGAUAUCUUUGAAGGCAAGAUUAACCAGGUUCCUUUGUCCACUUGUGAGUGGUUCAAGGACUUUAACCCUCUGAAACCCCAGGCCAAUGCCGCAUACUACUAUGUGGCAAUGAAAUUUAAGGAACUAUAUUCUUCCAUUACCGGCAAAAAAUUGUUUGUGUGGCAGACUAGAGCCUGGGAGCGCACUUCAGUUGACGAUGCCUUUAAGUAUGCGAGGGAGGUAGUAAAGUGGGAAGAAGAGAUGGAUAAUAAUAUAUAUGGAAUAAAUGGGGAUGCUUCAUUUUAUAGUAUGGAACUGAGUUCCUCUCCGUAUAUAAGGCAGGAAUAAAGUACAGUGUUCAAGUUCCUCUCUGCAAAACCAGCAUUGCAGAAUGAAUGCUUGGGAGCUCUUCAUAGCUCUGAAAACUUAAUUGGGUUUGUUUCUCCAUUAUUAGCCAACUGAGCGAAGGAAUGGAGACCGACUUCAGGUUGGCUGCGCUGAGUAUGUUAUUGGGAUUGGGAAUGAUAACUGGUUUCUAACACAAGAUCAUGUAUAGUUGGAAACUGCAAUUUUUGUAGGAUGUCAAUUGGUAUGGCAAUGUUAAUUCUUUUUUCAGCGUCGAUAAUGUCGGCUUUUUCGGAUUCCUGGAUUGAUAUUGUAUAUAUCCUUAUUGGUAUCAACAGUGUGCCAACCUUGUUGCAGGUUGAUUUCGCCAACCAGUAUUUGUAGACUAAUCAAUAUGGUAAAAGUUUGUCUUGGAUGAUGAUUUUCU